CUGCUUUUUUCCUAACCAGAAUAGGAGUUUUUCUAGUUCUCUCCUACGUGAAGAUGGAUUCCUCAAGGGAUUAGGUUAAAUCCUUUCGCUGCCGUCGUUCGAAUUUUCUGGAGAAUUUGUUUGUCCGUCGGCUCUACUCCUCGGAUAGCUCCGCCGUCGCCGUCCUCACUAGUCCUUUGAUAAUUGUUGCCUCUAUCACUGUUGUUACUCUGCUAGCUACUGUCAUCAUCCUCCGUGCCGCCGCCUCCAGAUUAUCAUUAUAUUUAGUUUGGCUUAUAAGGAUUCAUUCAAGGAACUCACAACUUGGUUGGACUCGAAAAAAAACAUGCGAGGAGGAUCCAAUGCAAUGGCAGGACGGGGUAGAGGGACAAGGGGAGGUGCACCUCCCGACCCGCCUAUCCAGUCAGAGGUUCAUGCAGGGGAGAGGAUUCUUCCUAUUUGCACUAUCUCACUUGAUGGGAAAAGAUUGGAGGGCCCCUUAGAUAAAGUGUCAGCCGCUAUCGUCAUUAUGUUUAGAAAAUAAUGGUUCGACAGCGGAUAUCAAUGGCCAAAUUUAAGCGAUGCUGAGAAGGCAGUAUAUUUUGAGGAAUUAAAGAAAGUUUACAUGUGGACAGAAUCUGAGGAAGCAGUGCGGAAAACUUUUUACAAACAUGCUUCGCGCCGUUAUUCAGGUACAAUAUCUGACAUGAAGAAAAAAUGGCAGACUAAACAAAUUAAGCCCAAGCAUGUCGGUGAUGAAGUUUGGAAUGAAUGGACGAAGGCAUGGGAUGUAGAGGAAUAUAAAAACCGGUGUGAGCAAAAUAGAAAGAAUAGGCUCAGUGAACGUGUGACUGGAGUUGGGCCAUCUACCCACACAGGGGGAUCUCGAUCUAUGACACAACUGAAAAAAAAUUUGACAGAAAAAGAGGGUCGUGAGCCUACUGCACCGGAGCUUUUUUUGUAUACCCAUACAAAGGAUCAUGACGGUGUAACGUUCAUUGAUCAGAGGUCAGCGCAUGCUUAUGCUCGCUUCCAGGCGAUGGUUUCAUCUAUUCGGGCAACUGCUUCUCUGUCAGUCGAUGGUGAGAGUAGUUCUCCCACACUUCCGAUAGAUGAAAAUAUGAUAUGGCUUGAGGCCGAGGGUAGCAAGCAAAGAGUCUAUGGUAUUGGCUCAUCUACAUCAUCUUUCUACUCUAGCAGAUCGUCGUCAUCAUCAGCUACGACCAGUCCUAAUGCUGAUUAUAUUCAUGUGUUGCAAAAGCCGUUGGAGUCCCAUCGUCUACUCCAACAUCAAUUUCAGUUUGCAAUGGACUAUUUACGAGAACAUGGCCUACAGGUCAUGUCUUACCUAAUGUAGUGCCAUCUUCUACGGCGUCACCGUCACACGAUGAUUUGGAUGAUGACAUGGCUUUAGGCGAUGAUUAGUUUGGUCUAUUUAAUUUUUUGUAGUUGCGUUAGAACUUUGUAAACAAUGUAGAAUUUUAU